UAUUGUAUCUUCAUUAUUUUCUGUGGGCGUCGUCUGGCAGUCAGUCAGCAUUGGUUGGUAUACCAGAUCCACUCUUUGGUCAUCAGCCCAUCGAUUUCACCUACCACCUCUCCAGACUCUUUACUGUUGAGUUGAGUGUACCAGACCAACUAACCAGACCCAUUUCCAAAUCCUACUAUAUAAACAAGAUAACCAAGCACACUCCUAGUUUUGUUCUCCUCCUACCCAUUAUCCCAUUUUUUGUUUUUCAGUAAAUAGCUUUUGAUAAAAACAAGAUCACCCCAUGGAUUUCAUUGAAUCACUAGAUCCCCAGAUCCUUCUGGGUGCAACUGUAGCUAUUGUUGUCAUUGUGGCUGCUGCUUAUCUCUUCACCUCCAAGAAGGCCAAAGGCUCUUUAGAUGCUGAGAAUUUCAAGGACUUCAAACUUGUCAAGCGUACACAGCUGAGCCACAAUGUGGCGAAGUUCAGAUUUGAACUUCCAACACCUACUUCAGUUUUAGGUCUUCCAAUUGGACAACACAUAAGUUGCAGGGGGAAGGAUAGCCAAGGCGAAGAUGUUAUCAAACCAUAUACCCCAACUACAUUGGAUUCUGAUGUUGGAUAUUUUGAACUGGUUAUAAAGAUGUAUCCUCAAGGAAGAAUGUCGCAUCAUUUCCGAGAGAUGCGUGUUGGAGAUUAUCUUGCUGUCAAGGGACCAAAGGGUCGUUUCAAGUAUCAACCUGGCCAAGUUAGAGCAUUUGGGAUGCUUGCUGGAGGCUCUGGAAUCACUCCAAUGUUCCAGGUUGCCAGGGCAAUAUUAGAAAAUCCAAAAGACAAAACAAAGGUGCACUUGAUCUAUGCCAAUGUGACAUAUGAGGACAUUCUUGUAAAGGAAGAAUUGGAUGGCCUUACUAGUAACUACCCUGACCGCUUCAAAAUUUACUAUGUCUUGAAUCAGCCUCCUGAAGUAUGGGAUGGUGGUGUUGGCUUUGUCUCAAAGGAAAUGAUUCAAGCCCAGUUGCCUGCCCCGGCGCAUGAUAUUCAGAUUCUGAGAUGUGGUCCACCACCCAUGAACAAGGCCAUGGCUGCUCAUCUUGAAGCACUUGGAUACGCUCCUGAGAUGCAGUUCCAGUUCUGAUCCUUUCAUAUGGUCUUUUUAUCAUCAUUACAAUCAGAUGUCAUUUUGGAUCGUUGAGCAAAUGACUUCCUUCCCUUCCCUACAUUGGAGCAAGUGUACUUGUUUAUUAGAUAGCAAUGCAAUAACUACUUCGAAGGUUCUUUAAAUGUCAAGUGGUUAUGUGAUGCGGUCUUUGGUUCAAGGUCUUGUUUCUUAUGGGGUGGGAUUGGAACAAAACCCUUUUUUUUUUUUUUUGUGGUAGUGGAUAAUAUAGGGGAAAUGGCAACAUGCCGUUCGGGUCCGGUUUGCCAUCACUAUCCCUGCGGCGCCGGAUAAAUGAGAACCUUGACGGAUAUAUGGAGCUCCAAUAGCUUUUUUGUUAAAUGUUGUCAUUAAAAUGAUAAACAAAUCAUAAUGUA